AUGGCUGCUCGUGCCUCUGCUCUUAUGCUCCUUGGAGCUUCCGCUGUCAUGGCUGGACCCCUCGCUCCUCGCCAGGCCACCGUCACUGUCACUCAAACCAUGGAGGCUGCUCCUGCAUCCACCGCAUGGGACACUGGUGCCGUUCGCGAGUUCCCUAUUCACGCUUCUUGCAAUGCCACUCAGCGUAGCAUGAUCAAGAAGGGCCUCGAAGAGACCUUGACCAUCGUCAGCCACGCACGCGACCACAUCCUUCGCUAUGGCAACUCCUCCGAGGUCUACACCAAAUAUUUCGGCGAGGCACCAACUGGCGAGCCAAUUGGCUGGUUUACUAAGAUUGCCGAUGGUGACAAAUCCGGCAUCCUCUUCCGUUGUGACAACAUUGAUGGCAAUUGCGACCAAGAGGGUUGGGCUGGUCAUUGGCGCGGCUCCAAUGCAACCUCGGAGACCGUCAUCUGCGACCUGUCCUAUGAGAUCCGUAGGCCUCUCUCGACCAUGUGCAUGCUCGGAUACGACGUUGCCAACGGUGCGACCAACACUUUCUGGGCUUCUGAUCUUCUCCAUCGUCUUCUCCACCUUCCCCAAGUUGGCGAGGGUGUCGUCGAGCACUACAAUGACGAGGAGGAAGAAAAAUACCCUGGAACCAUCGCUCUCGCUGAAAACAACUCCACCUACGCUGUAAGGAACAGCGACACUCUUCAGUACUUUGCUCUCGAGGCUUAUGCUCACGACAUCAUUGUUCCCGGUGUUGGGUGCCCUGGCACUUACACUCCUCUCGAGGAGUCCACUGCUGCUGCAACCAGCACCGCUUCCGCUACCACCUCCGCAUCUGCCACUCCAGUGCAGCCCUCUGCUUCAGUUACAUCGUCUGCCGCUGCCGCACCUGCUGAGGCUUGCGAGCCUCACGACGACCACUGGCACUGCCCUCCCGGCGUCCCUGAGCCUACCUCUCCCCCUGCCUAA